AUGUCUCGCCUAAUGGAGAGCAAAAAACGCUGCAAGGGCAGGCCUAGGAAGCCUUUCAAGAGCGCAAAGUGGUCUCAAGUGUCUGCAACCCACACACGCUGCCCACCUGGGGUGAGAGCUAAAAGGACUCCAUACCGACAGUACCAGCCACACAAACGGAGUGCAACAAGAUGCAAACGAAGAAACGCACAGAUGGUACGCAGUGCCCACCGUGCUAUCCCAACCGGGAAGACCCUGAACUGCAAAGGUUUCCAGGUUCAUGGCAAGAGGGGGCUGGAGAGGCACCUCGCCCUCACAAAGCUGCACCGCUCCCCAAAUUGGCCAGGGCCCAAACCUUGGACAUGA